AUGUCUGAUCCUUAUGAAUGCGUUCCUACAGCUUUAAAAUUAAAAUCCAGCUCAUCCAAGAAUAAGAAGAAAAAACAUAAGAAAAAGGAUCGUCAAGAAGAAUCGCACCAAGAAACAGCAGAAAAGAAUGCUGAUCAAGGUAGUUAUUCACCCGAAAGGACUAAAGCUGAAUUAGCUUUCCGCAAGAUACAAGAAAAACGGCAAUCUGAAAAAAUUAAAAAAUUGGCCUCCAAGACCCAUAAACAACGCGUUGAGCAAUUGAACGCAUACUUGGACUCUUUGACCGAGCACUACGAUAUUCCCAAAAUCGCUAAUGAUGUUAUGUCAAGUAAUCAUGCUAAGUACUUGACUUUUGGUCAGCUUGGUAAUGGUACUGAAUCCAAAUGGGGAUAA